AUGGGCAGGCUAGCGUCGCUCUUCACCACAGGGCUCCUGACCCUCCUCGUCGCCGUACACGGCGUCUACGCCGACCACUGGGUCCAAACCUGGGGUUCGAUGCCCCAGCUGACCGAACCCCACAACCUCCCUCCAGCGCCCUACAACGAAACCGGCCUCGUCUUCCGCAAUACCACCCUCCGCCAAACCGUGCGCGCCACCAUCGGCGGCGACUGGCUCCGUAUCCGCAUCUCGAACGCGUUCGGAGUGUCAGACCUGCCCAUUACCGCCGUGUCCAUCGCGUUACCAACGAAAGGGAGCGCUGGCGUACCGACUAUCCAACCUAGGACAUCGAGGAAGGUGACCUUCAGCGGCGAAUCCUCCUUCAUCGUCCCCAACGGUGCACAAGUUCUGUCCGACCCUAUCCGCUUCUCGACCCCCCCCCAAUCCAUGCUUUCCAUCACCAUCUACACCGCGCAAGGCCAGACCACGAACUACAUCACCUCCCACCCUGGAAGCCGCACCACGAGCUGGAUGGCGCGUGGAAACCAGGUCGAUGCUUUGGACCUGGAGAGCUUGGGUGAGGAUGAGCGGGCGAGCACGAAUCACUGGUACUGGGUGAGCAGCGUGGAGACGUGGGCAGAUGACAACGUGGGCUCGUUGGUCAUCGUUGGUGACAGUAUCACGGAUGGCAGAGGAAGUAAUGACAACAACAACGACCGCUGGCCAGACCUUCUCCUCGCUCGCCUCCAAUCCUCGCGUCAAACCCGAGACAUAGCUGUCAUCAACCAAGCAGCAGGCGGCAACCGCAUCCUCUACGACGGACUCGGACCCAACGCCCUGGGACGGAUCGACCGCGACGUCCUCGCCCACCCCGGCGUCAAAUACGCCAUGAUCUACGAAGGCGUCAACGACAUCGGUACCGGAGCCACCACCGAGGAGGCGCAAAAGAUCAUCGGCGACAGGAUGAUCUGGGCCUACCGCCAAAUGGUCGAACGCCUCCACACAAGCGGUAUCCCCGUGAUUGGAGCCACCAUCACGCCUAUGUCGGGUCCUGGACAGGGCUACGGCCAUCCUACGCGUGAAGCGACGCGCCAACGCGUCAAUAGGUGGAUCAGGACGAGCGGUGUGUUCGACGCCGUCAUCGAUUUCGAUAGGGUUGUGAGGGAUCCUGAGAUUCCUGAGCAACUGAAGCCAGAGUACGACACAGGUGACUACUUGCACCCCAAUGUCGCCGGCUUCCAGGCAAUGGCCGAUGCCAUCCCGUUGGACUUGUUUAGGAGGCUGGAUAGGCUUGGGAGGGGAAGAGGCGGAAGGGUGCCGCCUGGUGUGAGAGAUCUGUAA